AUGAGAGAAAUAGUUGUGUUUCAUCUGGGACAGUGCGGCAACCGUGUGGCGGAAAACUUUUGGGAGUACAUUUGCGACGAACACUGCCUAAACACACAAGGUCAGUUUGUAGGACAACACUACCUGCCGCUACAGCGCAUCAAUGUGUACUUUGACGAGUCACCAUGCUGCAAUUUCGUGCCUCGAGCAAUCUUUGCCGACCUGGAACCAAGCACGUUGAACUAUCUUCGCUGCAGCCGUUACGGGUGCCUGUUCUCGCCGGAAAGCUUCAUCACCGGUAAAACGAGUGCGGGUAACAACUGGGCCCGUGGUUACCAUACGGAAGGAGCCGAGCUGUUGGACCAGAUAGAGGACUGCACACGGCGAAUGGUGGAAGGAUGCGAUUGUCUGCAAGGUUUUCAGCUGGUACACUCGAUCGGCGGAGGUACCGGGUCCGGGCUGGGGACGCUACUGCUGGAGACACUGAAGGACCACUUCGCGGGGAAGAUCACCAACACGUUCAGUGUCAUACCAUCGCCGAAAGUAUCGGAAGUCGUGGUGGAACCGUACAAUUCCGUCUUCGCUCUCAGUUCAAUGAUUCGUUCGAGUGAUGAGACGUUCUGCCUGGACAACGAAGCUUUGUACGAUAUUUGCGUGAAAACGCUUCGAAUGCCGGUACCGGAUUUGGACGAUUUGAAUCAUCUGAUUGCAUCGGCGAUGGCCGGGAUUACUUGCAGCUUUCGGUACCCGGGUCAACUGAACUCGGACCUGAGGAAGCUGCUGACAAACAUGGUACCGUACCGAAGGUUACACUUUUUCGUGCCUGGCAUUGCGCCACUGUGUGCAAGGGAUUCGGAAUGCUAUCGCCAAACGACGGUACCGGAGCUGGUGUAUCAGCUGUUCAGCAACAGCAAUCUGAUGGCUGCGUGUGAUCCACAGCUCGGCACGUUCCUAACAGCGGCAGCAAUCUUUCGCGGUCGUCUAUCGACACGCACGGUCGAGGAGCAUAUGAGUGAUGUGCGGCUGAAGAAGCAGCUAUCGUUCAGUAACUUCAUCCCGAACAACGUCAAAUCGGCUAUUUGUGAUGUGCCACCGCGCGGUAUGAAAAUCGCGGCCACGUUCAUUGCCAACACGACGUCCAUCACGCAGCUGUUUCGUCGCAUCACCGGUCAGUUCGGGACCAUGCUCAGACAGCGUGCCUUUUUGCAUUGGUACACCGGUGAAGGCAUGGACGAGGGUGAGUUUACCGAGAUGGAAAGUAAACUGACGGAGUUGGUGGAAGAGUACGAUAGCUACAAGGAGGAAGGCCAGGUAAAGGAUGAAGUUGAAGAUGAAGAUGAAGAGGAAUAG